GCUCGGCCUUUAUCGCGGUUAAGGCCACAUAAUCAAAGUAUGCGCCGGGGCCUGUAAUUAUUUAACCAAGACGUUUUUAUUAAAAUUUCCUCAACCAUGGCUGAGCAAAGUUUGCAAUGUGACCAAAAUAUCGAAUACCAUUUAGUGACAAUGUUUGAAAAAUUAGAAACAAUGCGUAUUGACACUGUAAAAACUGUGGUUAACUCAAAAAUUCCAGUACAAGUGGAAAUUCGGACUCUUGAAUUUUGGCGAUCAGUUAUUUCGGAGUGUUUGUCGUCUUUUAUUUAUGUUUUCGUUGUUUGUGGAGCUGCCGCAGGAUCCGGUGUUGGGGCUCCUUUUUCCUCUUCUCCUGUUCUUGCCACUGCCUUGGCUUCAGGAUUUGCCAUGACUUCUUUGACUCAGUGUUUCGGACAUAUUUCUGGUGCACAUAUUAAUCCAGCGGUGUCCUUGGCCAUGGGAGUAAUAAAAAGGAUAUCUAUCCUUAGAACUCUCAUGUUCAUGUUAGCCCAAUGCGGAGGGGGUAUAGCAGGAGCAGCUUUUUUAUAUGGAGUAACUGUUCCUGGCUAUCAAGGAAAUCUCUCAGUAAUUGUUGGUCACACUGCUAACAUCGCGCCAUGGGAAAGAUUCGGAAUCGAAUUCAUGUUAAGCUUCAUAGUUGUUUUUUCCUACUUUGUUUCCAUGGACACCUAUAGAAAAUGGACUGGUACUAGUUCCCUAACGAUUGGAGCUACCUACUCCGCCUGUUCAUUUGUCUCUAUGCCAUAUUUGAACCCUGCAAGAUCUCUUGGUCCAUCAUUUGUGCUAAAUAAAUGGGACAAUCACUGGGUGUACUGGAUAGGUCCUUUCUGCGGCGGAAUAGCUUCAGGUCUAAUUUACGAAUAUAUAUUUAAUCCUAGACGUCACAAAAAAGUAAAAGAACCGCAGGAUGAGGAAUCAUCAAGCAUGAGAUCCGAUGACAUUGACACUUUCGAUGAUAUAGACAAGCCAGCGCCACCCAAGUUUCAUGGUUCGAACUACAAUACUUACAGAGCUUCCGUUGGAGGAGCAGCUUCCAAUUAUUGCGGUAGUCUAUAUUCAGCACCUGCUGCAGCAAAGCUAGAAAGAGGAGAAUCAAUCUACGGCGGUACCAAAUCGUUGUACUGUAACUCUCCUCCGUUAACCAGAGCUAACUUAAACAGAUCUCAGUCUGUUUACGCCAAGAGUAAUACUGGCAUUCAUAAAGAUUUGUUACCCAGGCCUGGACCUUUAGUACCAACUCAAUCCAUGUAUCCUCUAAGAGUAAAUCAACACAGCCAUGUUACUAAUCAAAAUGUGCAAAAUCAGCUACAACAAAGAUCUGAAGGAAUUUAUGGAGUAAGAGGAGUUACUCCCGGUGUAGCUAACAGACCAGAAACCCAUGGUACCACUGAACGUCAAAGAGAAAAUGAGCGCCAAAGAUGUGAGAACUAUUCUACGUCUGAGAGACAAAGGAGGGAGACCCAUGCAGUAGAAAUUCCCUACGGGCCCAGAGGACCACCUGUACCACCUAAUGCUAUUACUGAGACUGGUGAAGGUAAGACUAGAAGUAACAGACCGGAAUCAGUAUAUGGACUACUAGGAUCUCAGCGAAGAGGGCAAACGUCUGUUCCAUCUGAUGACUCUUGUUACAGCUCUUACACUGCAACUAGUAGUUCUAGAAAUGCUUUUACUGCCUCUAAUAACGGAACAUUCCUUAAUGUCCAGAAAAAUACGACAGGAUAUUCAGGAAGAAACUGUAAUCCUUCAGAAAAUAGGCCAAAUCCGGCGCCACCACAAGUUCUUGUUAAUGGAACCAGUUCUGGUACCUAUCAUCAUCAGCACUCACCGAAUCCUCAGUACUAGAGGAUCAUUUUUGUUAACUAGUAUUAGGAUAUAAUAAAGUUUUUAAAAUGAAAGAUUGUAAAGUUAAGUGUCAAUUAGAUAAUCUUGGAUAAGCUUUAA